UAUCUUGUAUGGCCUAACAUUUUAGAUGGUGAUUUAAAGGUAAACAGCCGCAGAUAAAGAAACUAUUCAACUACUGGUUACGGGGACAUCAUGAAGUUUCUACUGCUCUCAACAGUCUGUGUCUUAGCUGCUUUUUCUUCCACCUUCCAACCGGCACUGUCGGCUAUUUGUGUGGAGCUAUGUAGCCCCAGUCCCCUCCUGCAGGCCGCUGGGUACAACCCGUGCCCCGAGGGUCAGGAAUGUCGGUCAAACGGCUGUGGACACACGUGCCAGACAGUGAAUGUUGGAAAACGUUUUUGUGGUGGUGUAAUGUGUGGCCUCUACUGUCCCUACGGCUUUGCCACAGGUAACGGGUGUACCUACUGCUCGUGUAAUCCUAACCCACUGCUGGGCAUUCUAAAGGUUAACGGCGUGUCUAACUAACCGAAUCAAAUAAACUUUUCACUGCUGAA